AUCACUGACGUAACAAUUGAAGAAUCCUAGUGGAUCUCAGCUAAAUGGAUCUGCUGAAGCUAUAAAUGGGAACAAGCUUAUAGGAGCAAAGAAAUGACGGAGUCUUACAAUCUUUAGCAGUAUUUUCCAAAUGAGUUCAAUACAUACUAAAUAUUUCCUUCGUGAAAGGACUAAGCUGCCAUUUUUAUAUCUUGACAUUAUAGAUUUUAGCUCUUUUGGUAAAACUGAAAGAAUCAUUAUCAAGAUCAAACUCUAUCUUGUUUAUCACAAAGCUUUGGUAUUUUGUGUUAAUAUAGUUAAAAAUUGAAGCAAUUUAUGCAAGAAAAGAUAA